AUGAAUUUGAAAAAUAAUGGAAGCAUCGCUAUAUCAUGUGGAAUCAGCACAGCUGAGAAGAAGGUAACCUUGUUUAUGGCGGAAAAUGUAAUCUUCAUAUUGUAUCAAGCAUUCCAAUUUUACCUUUGUUUAAAUGCGGCUCUUAGUUUGAACAUGAUUCAAAUAACCACAGUGGUCAUACUCGAUCUCGGUGCCACAUUUUACACACUUGUUCAGCAAAUACAGAUUGACACGAAUCUGAAUUUAAUACAAACCGCAUGUCUGGGUUAUUUCUACAUAGAACCAAAAUAUAUACAGAAUGAAUAUUUAUACUUCGCAUUCUCGUUGGCAUUCUCAAUCGCAAUUUCUGGAAUUUCACUGAAACUUUACAAUCAACUGAGAUCUGUGACGUAUAAAAACGCAAAUAUUGAUUCAAAGACCCAGGCAAUAUAUAGGACAACACUAUUUCUCGAAAUGCUGCUAAAAGUGGACUUUUUCUUGAUAGUCACAUACGCUUUCCUCACCUUUUCAGCCAUGCCCAUAAUCUGGAACGGAUCGUUGAUCGUUCGAAUAAUGUUUAUCGUUCAUUCGAUAAUGCUGGUCGUGGCCAUUUUCUUAGAAAUUCUAGUGUAUUAUUCGCUCAACAAAGAAUGGAAAAUCGGAAUGUACAUAUUCUUUGCAUUAUGGUCUCUGUGUGGGGUAGAAUUUACUCUUUUCAUUGAUAACGGUAUUACUCUUGCUAAACGAGGGUGGUGCCUUUUGAUAUCAUUAAGUAAGCCUAUUUAUAUGCACAUAAUUGAAAUUCUCGAAUAA